GUGACCCAAGGCCGCUGGAAUGCCAGCCUGGCUCGCCUGCGCUGCGCUGCGCGCCUCCCGCUCGCUCCGCCGCCGGGCCGAGGCGUGCCGCUCCGCUGCGCCCGCCCCCGGCGGGGAAGCCCAGGCGGCAGCGGCAGGAGCCCGAGGCGAUCAUGCCGCACUUCACGGUGGUGCCGGUGGAGGACCAGCACCGCACGGACUACGACAACUUGGAAGGGCUCAGCUGGGUGGACUACAGCGAGCCCGGCGGCCCGCCGCAGCAGCCGCCGCGCGAUGCCUACGACUCGCUCAGCUCCGACGGUCAUGGCAACCAUAAAGAAAGCAGUCCUUUCCUCAACAAUUCGGAGGCUGGCAAAGGAGGAGAUUACUAUGACAGAAACUUGGCCUUGUUUGAGGAGGAACUGGAUAUCCGCCCAAAAGUCUCCUCUCUGCUGGGCAAACUGGUCAGCUACACAAACCUUACUCAGGGAGCCAAAGAACACGAGGAAGCAGAAAAUGUGGAAGGCUCAAGGAGGAAAGUAUCAAAAUCACCCAGCAUGGGCACCCUGAUGGGAGUUUACUUGCCAUGCAUGCAGAAUAUCUUUGGGGUCAUUCUCUUUCUCCGAUUGACGUGGAUGGUGGGGACAGCGGGGGUCAUGCAGUCCUUAUUGAUCGUCUUGAUCUGCUGCUGUUGUACCAUGCUGACAGCCAUAUCAAUGAGUGCAAUUGCAACCAAUGGCGUUGUUCCAGCUGGUGGCUCAUACUUCAUGAUUUCAAGAUCUUUGGGUCCUGAAUUUGGUGGAGCUGUGGGACUCUGUUUUUACCUGGGGACAACCUUUGCAGGUGCAAUGUACAUCCUUGGAGCCAUCGAAAUCCUUCUAACUUACAUUGCUCCCGGGGCCGCCAUUUUCCACCCCACUGGAGCCCACGACACCUCCAAUGCCACGCUAAACAACAUGCGAGUGUACGGGACCUUAUUCCUCACCUUCAUGGCCGUUGUGGUUUUUGUGGGCGUCAAAUACGUCAACAAAUUUGCUUCUCUCUUCCUGGCUUGCGUCAUCAUAUCCAUCCUGUCCAUCUAUGCCGGGGCGAUCAAGUCCAUCUUCGAUCCGCCUGUUUUCCCUGUCUGCAUGCUAGGCAACAGGACCCUUUCCAGGGACCUCUUUGACAUCUGUGCCAAAACCACCGUUGUUGACAACGUCACUGUGACUACCAGCUUAACGGAGCUCUUCUGCCCGGACAACAAUUUGACCUCUGGACUCUGCGAUGAGUACUUUCAUUUUAACAACGUGACGGAGAUUGCCGGGAUACCUGGAGCUGCGAGUGGCAUUUUGAAAGAUAAUGUCUGGAGCAACUAUUUGGAGAAAGGCGAGAUCCUGGAGAAAGCUGAUCAGCCAUCUGUUGACGUGCCUGGACAUAAGAACAACCUUCACUUGUAUGUUUAUACCGACAUAGCGACCACCUUCAUGGUGCUCGUUGGCAUCUUCUUCCCUUCAGUGACAGGGAUCAUGGCUGGCUCAAACCGAUCUGGAGACCUCAAGGAUGCCCAGAAGUCUAUUCCCAUUGGAACUAUCCUAGCCAUUCUCACGACAUCUCUAGUCUAUUUCAGCUGCGUGCUGCUAUUUGGUGCUUGCAUUGAAGGUGUGGUUCUUAGAGAUAAAUACGGGGAUGCGGUGAACAAGAACCUGGUGGUGGGCACGCUCUCGUGGCCCUCGCCGUGGGUCAUUGUGGUGGGCUCCUUCUUCUCGACAUGUGGGGCUGGCCUGCAGAGCCUCACGGGAGCCCCACGGCUGCUCCAAGCAAUUGCCAAGGACAACAUCAUCCCUUUCUUAUGGGUGUUUGGCCACGGGAAGGCCAAUGGUGAGCCAACGUGGGCCCUCCUGCUGACAGCGUUAAUUGCAGAACUGGGAAUCCUGAUUGCCUCUCUUGACAUGGUCGCCCCAAUCCUUUCAAUGUUUUUCUUGAUGUGUUAUCUGUUUGUCAACCUGGCGUGUGCAGUACAAACACUUCUGAGAACUCCAAACUGGCGGCCCAGAUUUAAAUACUACCAUUGGGCCUUGUCGUUCCUAGGCAUGAGUAUCUGUCUUGCACUGAUGUUCAUCUCCUCCUGGUAUUAUGCUUUAGCCGCAAUGCUGAUCGCAGGCAUGAUUUACAAGUACAUUGAAUACCAAGGGGCAGAGAAAGAAUGGGGCGAUGGGAUUCGGGGCCUAUCACUCAGCGCUGCCAGAUACGCCUUGCUGAGACUGGAGGAGGGGCCCCCUCACACCAAGAACUGGAGGCCGCAGCUGUUGGUGCUUCUGAAGCUGGAUGAAGAUUUGCACGUGAAAUACCCCAGGCUGUUAACUUUUGCGUCUCAGCUGAAAGCCGGCAAGGGGCUGACCAUCAUUGGGACGGCCAUUCAAGGCAACUUCCUGGAGAGUUAUGGGGAAGCUCAAGCUGCUGAACAGACAAUCAAGAACAUGAUAGAAAUUGAGAAGGUGAAAGGAUUUUGCCAAGUGGUUGUGGCCAGCAAAGUCCGCGACGGCAUCUCCCACUUGAUACAGUCAUGCGGAUUGGGGGGCAUGAAACACAACACGGUGGUCCUGGGGUGGCCGUAUGGCUGGAGGCAAAGCGAAGACCCCAGAGCCUGGAAGACGUUUAUAGACACCGUGCGCUGCACAACAGCCGCCCACCUGGCCUUGCUGGUGCCCAAGACUGUGUCCCUCUACCCCAGCAACCACGAGCGUUACAACGAGGGGAACAUUGACGUGUGGUGGAUUGUGCAUGACGGAGGCAUGUUGAUGCUCCUUCCUUUUCUCCUCAAACAGCAUAAAGUUUGGCGGAAGUGCAAAAUGCGAAUCUUCACCGUGGCCCAGAUGGAUGACAACAGCAUCCAGAUGAAGAAGGACCUGGCGACCUUCCUUUACCACCUCCGAAUAGAGGCUGAAGUCGAAGUGGUGGAAAUGCAAAACAGCGACAUCUCUGCAUACACCUACGAGCGGACUCUGAUGAUGGAGCAGAGAUCGCAGAUGCUGAGACAGAUGCGGCUGACCAAAACCGAACGGGAAAGGGAGGCUCAGCUAGUGAAGGACAGACACUCGAUCGUGAGAUUAGAGAGUCUCUACUCUGACGAGGAAGACGAGGGGGAAGCCGUGCCAGAAAAAAUCCAGAUGACGUGGACGAAGGAUAAAUACAAUUCUGAAAAACGCAACCGUAACAGUGCAGCCGAAAACUUCCGGGAGCUCAUCAGUAUUAAACCGAACCAGUCAAAUGUCCGAAGAAUGCACACUGCUGUGAAGCUCAAUGAGGUCAUAGUAAAUCGUUCCCACGACGCCAGACUUGUUCUGCUUAACAUGCCCGGCCCUCCAAAGAACACUGAUGGAGAUGAAAACUAUAUGGAGUUUCUUGAGGUCCUGACGGAGGGCUUGGAGCGGGUGCUGCUUGUUAGGGGUGGUGGCCGAGAAGUCAUCACCAUCUACUCUUGAUCCUUUCCCACUGCUUGGCCUCUUCGUGAUAAAAGGACAUUCCAGUUCCAAAAGGAGACGACAUCGUGGCUCCUCUUCGUCUUCCUCCACUUUUACAACAUCUCUUCCUAUCCACAUUUCAACCUUUGCACCGUAGACGUAAAUGUAGGUCCCCCAGAACUUCUUCCGUUGCAACAGACAUAUCUCGCUCUCAGAGUGUGAUGGUAUCAGACCAUUCUGCUAGGUUCCAAUCAUGAAAUACGUGAUGUAGCUCUGUCUGCUUUCAAACUUUAGCAGCUGCGUGUGCCGUUUUAAUAUUGAACCUUUUUUAUUUUUUAGAAAGCAAAGUGCAGUAUUUUUAGUACCUGUAUAAUAUUAGGACUGAAGUCAGUUAACAGGAUUUUAAACAAAGUCUUUUAUAUUAUAAGGUGGAGGGGGGGGGGCUAGAACUACUUUUAUAGAGCAGCAAGUGUCUGCUGAUAUUUCUACUACAUUUCCUAAGAGGAUAAACCAUCCCCACUUUAAAAAGAUACCGUUUUUGUAAACUCUUCUCAAGACCUAUAAUUUCAGUAUUGAAUAAGAAUUUACACUUUGAAAUAAAAAUUUUAAAUUAUAUUAUGUAUGUAGAUUGCUGCAAAUGAUGUACAAGAGCUGGGCGGGUCUCUGAUCCAAAACAGACACAUGCAGACACCCUUAUUUAUUUUUCUAUUUAUUUGUUAGAAACCUUGGCAGUGAGGAAGCCAACAAUCUAGACCAGGGAUUCUCAACGUUGGGUCCCCAGAUGUUAUUGGACUUCAACUCCCAUAAUUCCCAGCCCCAGUGGCCUUUGGUCAGGGAUUAUGGGAGUUGAAGUCCAAUAACAUCUGGGGACCCAAAGUUGAGAAUCCCUGGUCUAGACUAAUGAUUGUAGUCUGCUGCCUGCAGGCCAUCUCUUAUUUUUUAUUGUGGCACGCUGACGAGGGGCAGAUUUGGACAGGGAUCAGAUCCUGGCUUGACAGCAAAUUUGAACUCAAUAGUUUGCCUUUAAACAACAAAUAAAAGCUGCUACUUUUCUCCUCCCAGGGGAGAAUCUGAGGCCAAAACUCCUGCUAGGAAUACACAAUUUAAUCAUGGCUCUGCUUCCUGUCCAAUGCUGCCCUCUGAUGAACUCCACUCACCUGCUAAGUGCUUUCAGAGAAGUUUCCUAAAAUGGAUUUCAAACCAGGAGGGAGGAGAUGGAGGCUAAGUUAAUGUACCCUGCCCUGUUACAAAUAUCUGCAGGUGAGCGUGACAUAAAUGUGUAGGUCUCGUACUUCGAGAAUGGGCGAGAUAGACCUUGGUGGUAGGGAUGUGUACAGAACCAGCAACUGCCGGUUCGAAGGUGGGGUGGGGGAUAACUUUUAACGACUGGGGAGGGUAUUCUCCCCUACCCCUGGUGCUGUUCUCAAAAACAGUCCUUUGCCACCCUGCUGCGUCAUGGACUAGAAGUGGCUGCUGUGCGCGCGCAUGUGCAAUGGCCACUUCUGGGGAGCCAAGGAAGUAUGCUGCCGUGCUGGCAGGGGAAACGCAUGCAGGGAGGGGGGAGAGCAGCCUCCCCAGUCCUUAAAGUUAUCCCCCACCCCUUUGAACCAGUCUUUUGAACCAGUUCCGUGCACAUCCUUAUUUGUUGGAGAACACACUGGUUACAGCUGGAGGAGUCUUCACAGUAGGAAAGUUACUUUUUUUUAUAAUAGGAAGUUUUCAUUUUGAUCAAGCACAUUACAUUGUAUUUGCUGUACAGCUUUUCCCCUCCAAUAAAAUGUUGCAUACAUUUAAA